GACUUGUUCCGAGGAAAACAACAACAACGGUUUGCGUUUAGGUCCAUACGUUUUGGAUAAAUUUCGUGAGGGUUUCUUGGUGCUAUGAUGAAGCUUGUGGGUUUCCGACCGCCAUUGCUGAGCUUUGUGAGAAGGGCCUUCAUCUCUAGCUCAGCAUUGAAAUGGGAAGGCGGGGUUUCCAUGGUGCAGGGUGCUUCCAGAGGGAUUGGCCUCGAAUUUGUCAGGCAAUUACUGGAAGGGAAUGAGAAUGGUCAUGUUAUUGCUACUUGUCGGAACCCUUCUGGUGCAACUGGCCUUCAUGACUUAAAAAAAAAGUUUUUAGACCGCCUCAGAAUACUACCACUGGACAUUACUAAGGAGAACACCAUAGAGGCGGCAGCAACAUCUGUCAGAGAACAUUAUGGUUCUUUAAACCUACUGAUUAAUGCUUCUGGAGUCCUUUCCAUACCUGAUGUAUUAGAGCCAGAAAGGACAUUAAGUAAAUUGGAGAAAUCAUCUCUGCUGCUCGCUUAUGAAGUUAAUGCUGUUGGUCCCAUUCUAGUGAUCAAGCAUAUGUGGCCUCUCCUUAAGCUUGGAGGAGGCUCUGGAACCAAAAGGGAAUUUGCUAUAGUUGCCAGUCUAAGUGCCAGAGUCGGCUCCAUUGGAGACAACGGUUUAGGAGGAUGGCAUUCUUAUCGGGCCUCAAAAGCAGCACUAAAUCAAUUGACAAAGACUAUAUCGGUGGAGUUUACGCAUAAGAAAGACCCAAUCGCCUGUGUUCUAUUGCAUCCAGGCACUGUCGAUACAGAUCUUUCACAGCCAUUUCAGAGAAAUGUACCAGAGAACAAGCUUUUCACAAAAGAGUUCUCAGUGCAAAAGCUCCUUAACAUCAUUGAUAAUGCGAAAAGCAGUGACAACGGAAAGUUCUUUGCUUGGGAUGGUCAGGAAAUUCCGUGGUAGUUUCUGUCCUUAACAUGAUAUUAAUGUACCGAAAUUUCUGCAAAUCUUUUGACGCUCUGGUCCUUUCUACUCAUUCAUCUUCUCAGAGCAUUGUUAUUAAUCAGUAUGUAAAUGUUCAUGACCAAAUAUUUUUGGUGAUAUCAUAUCCUGUCAUUCAAUGAAGAAAAACAUGUAGGUUACAUGUUUUGAAACCUUUCCAUUUUAUUGAAUGAAUAAAUGGGCAAAUAAUGGAACUGUGCACAAG